UGAAAAUUUUUACCAAUUUUUCAGUUCAGUUCGGUGGCAGAAAAUUCAGUUCGGUGGCAGAAAUUAUGUAUUUACACUAAAAACUCAUGUGAGAUAACUCAUGUAUUCAGUUUAUUUAACACCCUUCGUCGUAUUAGUUAAAAUAACAGUCCCGGAUCAUGGAACCGAAUCGCGCGAAGGAGGAGUACGAACUACAGCAUUUUAACUUCACCGCCGAGGAGAUCGUCGCUCAGAACGCACAGCUGAUUCAAUCCGUUCUGCACAAAACGCUCAAUGCCUUUACGGAGCAGCUCAUCGAAAAAGGCCAACUGCCGGCGGCUCAGGGCGAUGAAUUGCGUUCCCAAAUCUCUUCAACAUGCCGCGCAAUGUACGAAGACUGCCGCCCAGCGAUCGAUGAGUUGAACUCGCUCUACCGGAAGAUGUUCUGCAUUCCCGACGAUCUGCUGCUACCGACGGACCUCAUGCACGCCCAGCAACACACAGACGAGUUCGUGAAAGAGCUCCAGCAAGAGGUAAGCGAGACGAAAGAGGCCGUCAGCCGCGGUGCGAUCUUUCUGGCGUCGCUCGAAGCCGAAGCGGAACUACACCGAGCCCUGGAACCGUGCUAUCAGGCGGAAAGAAAGGUUCACGAAAUGCUCGAGGAAUACCAGGACCUGGAAAUCGUGUCGAACGAACUGACCGAAGUGAUCGAACGGAUGGAGAGCCAUAAUCUGCUGGGGGAAAGUUCCGAAAAUGCAGGAAAUCGUUCGUUGGAUAACUUUUUAUUACAAAAGUAGCAAAAUACAAAGAUUGUUUGCGUAGCCCCCCAGUGCCCAACAUCCGAUUCACGUUGCGAG